AUGCCUCCCCACCCCAUCUCUCAUAUUUGGAGACCGGCUUUACUGCGCUCUCCAGCUCAUGCACGGUCUAUAUCGGCGAUUCGGUCGGGGCAUAUCAAGCUGAAUGAGAACGAGGGAAUUAUUUACAUCAAUAAUAUCUUUCCUCAUCGGCUUCAAUGGUUGAUGCGGGGUCCUCUCAGUCAUGUACAGCCUCUUGAGGGACUUUUGAAGCGCGUCGGCAAUCCCAAUAUGGCCGCAUCCGAUCCCUCUCAUAUUGCCGAGCGUGCUUUGCCCGAAAACCUGAAUAUUGUAAUCAAAGAGGUGAUCCCACGGUACAAGGAAGGCGGUGCAUUCGUCAAAUUUGAACGGAAGCCCGGCGCCACAGAUGAGACUAUCAGCACUGCGAUCAAGGAACACCUCCGAAACAACCCUAUCAGGCCAUGGUUUAAUCCAUUUCAGACAGCAGAUGCUGACGUGGUUCGUGGAAGACCAUGGAUUGAAGAUCUAUAUCGGAUCCCUAGUCAAAGCCUGAAAGUUGAAUAUUUACCGGCCUCUACUGAAGGGCCCCCUGCAGAGCUGACCCAAGAGGCCAUAUAUUCUCUCUUCCGACCCUUUGGAAAGAUUCUGGAGAUACAGCACCAGCCAUCGGACUCCAAGGUUGAGCCCAGGUACGCCAUUCUGCGCUUUCAACGCCCUCGAUUUUCAGUCUUGGCGCGAAACUGCAUGCAUGGGUAUGAGGCGUCUGAAGAAGAUGGAGGAGGGAAAUCCGGUACCAGGUUCAAGAUCAGCUAUGAGCGCAAGAUUAGGUUGUCUAUGAUCAAAGAUUGGAUAUUGAGUCACCCACGGAUCAUGUUUCCUGUUAUUGCAGCUCUGGUGGCUGCAAUCACGGUUAUUAUCUUCGACCCUAUUCGGACAUUCUUCAUCAAAGUCAAGAUCAAGGCCACGCUUCACACUGAAGACAACGCCGUGGUGCAGUGGGUUCGGAAGCAGGCCAGCAAAGCCAAUAAAAUCUACUUUGGGCAACGUAAGGCUGAUCCCCGGGGCCUAACGGCUAUUUGGGAAGAUCGACAGAACGAUAUAUCCCAGCUCCAAGCAUGGUUAACGGAAACCGCGGAAACAUUCAUUGUUAUUCAUGGCCCCAGAGGCUCAGGCAAGAGGGAACUAGUUCUCGAACAAGCCUUGAAGAAUCACCACUACAAAGUGAUUAUUGACUGUAAGCAAAUACAAGAUGCUCGAGGUGACACAGCCAAGAUCUCCCGGGCGGCAGCGCAGGUUGGUUAUCGACCAAUUUUCUCCUGGAUGAACAGUAUCAGCAGCUUGAUUGAUCUAGCUGCGCAAGGAAUGAUUGGAACUAAGGCCGGCUUUUCUGAGACUUUGGAUGCACAACUCAGUAAGAUCUGGCAAAGUACAGCAGAGGCCAUGAAACGAGUCGCACUCGAUGGUCGUCGAAAGGAAGACAAAGAUUCCAAUCUCAACGACGACGAAUAUCUUGAAGCGCAUCCCGACAAACGGCCAGUUGUGAUUAUCGACAAUUUCGUGUAUGAUUCCGAGAAUAGUGUCGUGCUCGACAAACUUACAGAAUGGGCGGCUGGGUUGACCUCUGGCAACAUUGCACAUGUUAUCUUUUUAACUACGGACUCCUCCUUUUCCAAACCCCUGAGCAAAGCAUUGCCGAAUCAGGUUUUCCGGACAAUUGGUUUGGGCGACUGCUCCCUGGAUGUGGGUCGCCGCUUUGUGCUAAACCAUUUGGAAUCCGGGACAGUUGGCGAUGGGGAAACGUCCAAGGAGCCAAAAAAGAAGCUUCACGGUCUGGAUGAGUGUAUUCAGAUUCUCGGAGGCCGAGUCACCGAUCUUGAGUUCAUGGCAAAUCGGAUCGAAGCAGGAGAAACACCUGAAGCUGCGGUUAACCGAAUUAUUGAGCAAUCUGCUUCCGAAAUCAUGAAGAUUUUCAUUCUGGGGACAGAUUCUGCAUCUCCGCAAUGGACAACUGAGCAAGCAUGGCAUGUUAUCAAAGCUCUUGGACAGGCUAAGACUGGUCAGCUUCUUUACAACAAAGUUCUAUUCAAUGAUUUAUUCAAGGGAAGUGGUGGUGAAGCCACUCUCCGAGCACUCGAACAAGCAGAACUCAUCUCUGUUGGAACUGUCAAGGGCUUCCCUCGCUGGAUCAAACCCGGAAAGCCCGUGUACAAGGCUGCGUUCCAGCGGUUGAUCGAGAAUAAAACUUUGGAAGGGCGUCUAGAUCUCCUUAUUCUCGCCGAGCUGAUCAGCAGUGAGAACAAGAGUAUCGCCAAGUAUGAGGAAGAACUUCAGCUGCUCGGGUCACUGCCGAAAUAUCCGUGGGAAUUGACAUCUCGAAUUCAGUGGCUUCUGACCAAGGUGCAUGGCUCGCAGUCAAAGAUUCUCCAGUAUGAGAAAGAGAGUGCCAUAUUGCAAAAGAUGCUGCAGAGUGAGAAAUAA